AUGGGAAAUAUCGCUGGGCUUCGCCUAGCUGGUUGCGGCCCCACCUCAAUGUGUACAGGAGUGGGAAACUGUGGAGACUGGAAGAACCGUCAAACCUCCUCCGAUGGGCUGGUGCUGGGACCGUGGGGGAAGGGCUCAUCCCCUUCGUAUGAGUACCCUGCGUGCGGGUCAUCAUCGACACCAAGGAAUCCUUUCGAGGGACCUCAGCUAGAAAGUCCCGCCUCCUCCGCAAGUCCUGCGCGUGAUCUUGUCAGGAAGUUCGUGCGCGAUAUGUUGCAGGGUGUGGCUGCGGUUCUUCCUCCUGCCUGGCCUGGCGACGUGUGUGGACACAACGUGACAGUGUCCUUGGAUAAGAGGAUGAAAGUUCUCUGCGUGCGUUCUACUGAUCCUUCAGUGGAAGUCUCCACGCAGCUAGGUGUCCCGUUGACCAGCAUUGCCAGUAUAGCUUUCGGGUGCUGCAAUCCAGGGGAGGGGCGGCUGAGCGCGACGGAGCACUCCGUCACCCUCUUCUUGGACGAAGGCUACGGCCCGUCCAUAGUGCUCGAGUUCCGCGACCUGGAGGAACGCGACACCUUUGCCAUCUGUCUGUCCAUGUUCGUUGACGGCAGAAAGGUGGAAGUGGAUUGCCGAGAGAAGCGUCAAUUGCCUUGUGCUAUGCCAUCCUUCAGCCCCUCUGUGUCCGAAACCAUGAACGCUAGUUGGGCGCAGUGUGCCAAUGUUUCGUUCGGGCAGAGCCCGACCCGGAAUGCGCCGGAGGAGUGGCGGAAACUGGCAUGGCAGCUGUCCGGGUGCGAGGCAUUUGAGGCAAAUGCGCGCGAGCAAGAGCACGCCGGAGCUGCAACAGCUCGAGAGGCUCGCGCGAUGGCACCUCCGCUUUGCCCUCGCUUUGCCUUUCAGGGCUCCUUCCGGCUCGAAGGAGCUGCAUCUCCCGUCGGGAAUAAGCUCGACUUCCGCAGGCGAGCAGCUGAGAUCGUGGCCCUGAACUCGCUCUACGCGCAGUCCAGCUCUGGGAGCCUGCAGCACGCAGCCAUUCCGCGGAUACGGCAUGUCUUGGAGGCCAGAGACGAGCUUCUUGCCGAGCAAGCCAGUGAGAACCGUGGCAUGAUACGUGACAAGCAUUGGGUGCGUGAUCGUCUCCGUCGUGAGAAGGCAUUUUCGGCCCAGGUUCCACCUGCUGUUCAGGCUGAGCCCAAGUGGGUCCUGCGAAGAGGGACGUGGUACUACGAAGGCGGCCCUUCGCCGGAGAGGCUACCUGCAGACGAGGCAAUGGACAACUUCGUGAAGGCAGAGGAAGCUAGAGGCUCCUCCUUUUCUUUGAGGUGGUCCAAGCAAGUUCGAGAGCUUCAAGCGAUGCAGCGGCAGGCACGAAAUCGGAAAGGCGAGAAGCUCUGGCUGUCCUUACUCAUGGAACAGGAGCUCCUGCCGGCUCGUGCGGCGGUUCCACGGCUCCGGCUGUGGCACGGUGACAUCUUUUCGCAAAAUUCCAACUCUUUGGAGUUCUCCAACUUCAUGAGUCAGUGCCUCGCAGAUCCAAAGGUGGUCCAUAGCUUGAGUCAUGUCCGGAGCCCCUUGUGCGCCGAUGCAGAACGCGGAGCUCGGACUCUGGUGUUUGUUUGGUUCUGCGAGGCCUCCGACGCCUGGCCGGGCAAAGAGAAGCCUCUGGAAGUCCAGGAUAGCAACGCCCACCACCUGACUCACUCCGUGCCACCCGCCAUCAGCCGGCAAUGCUUGCGGCAAGCUCAGCCAGAAGGCCAGUUUAGCCAGCUGCCGGAGCAGCUCACACGUACGCGGCCGUGUCGAUGCGAUUCGAAGGCACAUGCAGUCAAAGGUGCGGAAAGCAUUGCCACGUUGCCACUAUCCCGCAAAUCUGGCAUCAAGCAUGACUACGUGGACUAUUGCCUCAACGAGGAGCAAUUAGCAAUCUGCCGCAGCGGUGGGCUUCCUGCUGACUGGCACCUGAGGGCUGGAUGGAGCAUUGCCUAA